GCUGUCUGCGGGAAGCAUGUGGGGCUGCGGCGCGCUGGUGGGGGCGCGAGCCGGGUCGCGAAUGCCGCACGAGCUGUUCCUCGCUUGGCACCGCGGCUGGUCUGCUGCAGCCCCCUACUCCGCAACUGCCGAGCCCUCCCGGGUCCGGGCGCUGGUCUAUGGGCAUCACGGGGACCCAGCCAAGGUCGUCGAGCUGAAGAACCUGGAGCUAGCUGCUGUGGGCGGAUCAGACGUCCAUGUGAAGAUGCUGGCAGCCCCUAUCAAUCCAUCUGACAUAAAUAUGAUCCAAGGAAAUUAUGGCCUCCUUCCCAAGCUCCCUGCCGUUGGAGGGAACGAAGGCGUUGGACAGGUGGUAGCAGUGGGCGGCAGUGUGACUGGGGUGAAGCCAGGAGACUGGGUGAUUCCAGCCAAUGCCGGUUUGGGAACCUGGCAGACGGAGGCUGUGUUCAGUGAGGAAGCAGUGAUCAGCAUUCCAAGUGACCUCCCUCUUCAGAGUGCCGCCACGCUGAGUGUCAAUCCCUGCACGGCCUACAGGAUGUUGAUGGACUUUGAGCAGCUGCAGCCAGGAGACUGUGUCAUCCAGAAUGCAUCCAACAGUGGAGUGGGGCAAGCAGUCAUCCAGAUCGCCGCAGCCCUGGGCCUGAGGACCAUCAAUGUGGUCCGAGACAGACCUGACUUCCAAAAGCUGACUGACAGACUGAAGAGUCUGGGGGCCGAGCAUGUUCUCACAGAAGAGGAGCUAAGGAAGCCUGAGAUGAAAAACUUCUUUAAGGACAUGCCCCCGCCGCGGCUUGCUCUCAACUGUGUUGGUGGGAAAAGCUCCACAGAACUGCUGCGACACUUAGCGCCUGGGGGAACCAUGGUGACCUACGGGGGAAUGGCCAAGCAGCCCGUCAUAGCCUCUGUGAGCCAGCUCAUUUUUAAGGAUCUCAAACUUCGAGGCUUUUGGUUGUCCCAGUGGAAGAAGGACCACAGUCCAGCCCAGUUCAAGGAGCUGAUUCUCACGCUGUGCGGUCUCAUCAGCCGAGGCCAGCUCACAGCCCCCGCCUGCUCCGAGGUCCCACUGCAGGACUACCAGCGUGCCUUGGAAGCUUCGAUGCAGCCCUUCGUGUCUUCAAAGCAGAUUCUCACCAUGUGCUAAUCACAGAGGAGCCAGAACGAGGUGGGAGAGGAGACAGAUCAGCCGGACUGGUUUCUGGCACCUCGGUCAGGGCCCCCUCAGCCUUCCGCAGGAUGUCCUCUCUUCCAACUGGGAGGGUUGUGCAGCCAGCCAAGGCUUGCCCCAGGGCCAGCCCCAGGGUGUCUAAUAAAGUGAACUUCCGAAAAACAAA